GAGCUGUUAAGCCAUAAAAGAGUGCUGUUGAACGCAUUGCUCACUUGUUUUGUUUACAAUUUUGAUAAUAAAAAUAUUUAUAAAAGACAUCAGCUAAUCCUGUAAUUGAUUCGGCGAAAGCCUACUAUAUCUUGCUCACCGCCUGAUGGCCGACACUGCGGUUAAGCUGGCAAGUCUGGAGAUGGACGAGGGUGUCAGUCUCCUGUCUGAUACUGUGGUGGCGGGCCUUAAAAAUCUUGGAACCAUUAUCUCGCCAGUUCUUACCAAGACACUGAUCGCCAAUUCCAUGAAACUGACGCUUCAUCCAGAUGCAACCAUAGCGCCAGUUCCGGAGAUUUAUGCUACAAACGCCGCCUGUGCAAAGCAAAGCGAAUAUGCGGUAGUCACCCUAUACGCCGUGGCGACCAAGCAUGGCUGGGAUGGCCUUGCGCUGCGCCAGCAACUGGAGAACCUCUCGAUCCACACGACGGCAGUCGACGAGCUAGCCCGCGUCUACGAGGACAACCGCAAGGACCUGAUUCUCCGGCAGCUGCAGUUGGGCCACAACUUCCCUCACAUUACGGACGUUCAGUGGCGCAUUGUGUCCGACGUGAAAUCCUCCACCUCAGAUAGCAGCACGGGGGUGGCCAACUUCUUCAUCAACCUGGGCCACUUUCGGCAGAGCAGUGGUGAGCGGAUCACUGUGGUGGAGUUUGUUUGCAACGCGGAAGAAUUGCAAUCACUGAUUAAUCGGCUCAAGGAGAUCGAAAGGCACUGUGCCCAGAUGGCGGUGGCCUAGGCAUUUAUAUUUUUAAUCUAUACAGGUUUUAUAUCCUACGUGACGACCUAGGAUCAAUAAAAUCGCAAAUCAAAA